AUGAGCCGCGGCGCCAACUUCCUCCUGCUGCUCUCGCUGGCCGCCUCCGCCGCGGCCACAGCCAACGCUGCCGCCACCGCCGCCUUCCCACCUGUUGGCGACCUCCCACGCUACCAGCCUGCUGAGAAUUCGUCUAUCGACGAGAUUUAUGACGACGUAUCGCAAGGUCAGGACAACGACGAUGAAGACAUACCAUUCCCGGAAAUACAGAACGAUUAUGCCGAAAAUAAGUGGUCAUUUACGCAAUGGUUCUUGAGCAUCGUGGGGCCAUUUGGGUUCUGGACCUCACCUGGGGGUACGGACCAUGUUGACCUCAAGCCGCCGGAACGCUGCGAACCGUGCUCUUGCGGUAUGGCGAACGAGCGCAGGCGCAUCGUGGGCGGCACGGUGACCAAGGUGAAGCAGUACCCGUGGAUGGCGAUGCUCAUGUACGGCCGCACCUUCUACUGCGGCGGGUCGCUCAUCAGCGACAAGUAUGUGCUCACCGCCGCACACUGCCUCUACGGUUUCGACCACCGACGCAUCCGCGUGCGGCUGUUGGAGCAUGACAGGGACAAGCCGUCGGAGACGGAGGUGAUCGAGCGUCGCGUCAUGAGGGUCCGCUUGCACCGGCACUACGACUCGAGCAACUACAACAACGACAUCGCGCUCAUCCGGCUCAGCGAACCCGUCAAGAUUGAGGGAGACCUGAGGACCGUCUGCAUGCCCACCAAAGGCCACAGCUUCACUGGGGAGCAGGGUCUGGUAACAGGCUGGGGUGUAACAAAACCAUUGGGCCAGCCAUCAUCGCAGCUGCGUGAAGUGACAGUGCCCAUCAUGGCCAAUUCAGAGUGCCGGAAGACUGCGUAUGGCCAGCAGCGCAUCACUGAAAACAUGAUGUGUGCUGGAUACCCAGAGGGCAAGAAGGAUUCCUGCCAGGGAGACAGUGGUGGUCCACUACAUAUCAAGAAUGAUACACUGCAUCACCUCGUUGGAGUGGUGUCUUGGGGUGAAGGCUGUGCACAGCCAAAUUAUCCAGGAGUGUAUACUCGGGUCAAUAGAUACAUCACUUGGAUUACUAGGAACACAGUGGACAGCUGUUUCUGCAGUUAAUAAGAAAAAGCUGCUACAAGAAUAUUCAACAUUAUUACAAACGAUUAAUAACUGUAUCAUGCAAAAUAUGGUGCAUCCAAAUUGGAAAGACACAUGCAACUUUAUGUUUAUGAUUUAUUUCCUUGUUAUUUUCAACAAAUAUUUUGCUUUCCAUAGAAGAUGAUGGUGAAGAAAUGAAAUAUCAUAGUUACAUGUUUCAGUUUGAUGUAUGUUACAUAAUAACAUAAC